AUGUCCGCAUCCGUACACCCCGACGCGCAGCGCCAGCGCGCGCGCGUGCGCAAGGCGUGCGUCACGUGCAAACGCAGAAAAGUCAAAUGCGACGGAGACCAGCCCUGCAGCAACUGCGUGCGGCACGACGUCGUCUGCGUGUACGCGGCGCACGCGGCCGCGCAGGCACGCGCACAGGCACGCGAGGAGCCGAUGCACGGAUCUGCACAGACGUCCCCGUACGCGGGCGCCGGCGCGCCCGCGUCUGCCGCCGUGCCUUCGCCCUGGCAGACGUUCUCGCCCGACAAGUACCGUUUCCACCGCCGGCCGCAAAACUUCCUACCGUUCUACCUGGGCCAGGCACUCCUGCAGGCAAUCCCGCAGAAUGUCGCGCGCGACCACGCGCUCGAGCCGCCGAGGGUCCAGAACUACGGCUGGAACAUGUCCGGACGCCACUACCUCGGCCCCCAGCGGCUCGACUCCCCGCCCUGGCAAUGGAACUUCGCCCGGCCCCUCGAGCGCGCCGUCGCGCUCAAGCUCGUCGACGUGUACUUCGCCCGCGUCAACCCGGUGCUCGCGCUCGUGCACGAGCGCGUGUUCCGGCAGCAGCUCCGCAGCGGCGUCCUCGACGAGCCCCAGGGCAGCAGCGAUCUGUUCGCCGCGCUGUUGCACCUCAUGAUGGCGACCGCGCUCCGGUUCUGCGAGGGCCGGGCCGAGAACGAGCAGGUCAUUUGGGACGAGGCGGAGCGCACCGCCGUGCCUGCAGGCACGGAGGAGCGGCUGUUCGCGUUCGCGUUCCGCGUCAUCUCGCAGCUCUCGUUCGAAUGGGAGUCCUUCGAGCUGAUCCAGGGCUGGCUGCUAGUGGCCAGCUACCUGCGCACGUGCCACCGGCAAACGUCGUGCUGGCAGGCGCUGGGCCGGGCCAUCCACAUGUGCAACGGCAUGGCGCUGUACCUGAACCGCUUCCCACAGAACCACAGUGCGUACGACGAGCAGCGCGCGCGCUACUGUUUCUGGGCGUGCUUCGUCGCGGACAAGAUCUUCAGUUUCCAGAUGGGUCGAUUCCCGCAGCUGCCGGCGCCGUCGCCGCAGAUGGACGGCCCGCGCUGCAGCGGCGCGGAGGACUGGUUCACGCCGCAGGCGGUCGCCAUGUGGGAGCUGUCGCUGAUCGUGGCGGAUUGCCAAAAACGGGACGGGCAGGAGCUCACUAUCGACGAGGCGCACGCGGUUUUGCUCCGGCUGGACCAGUGGGAGGCACGGCACGGCUGCGGUGACGCGGCCGGCGACGGUGCGCGCGACGGUGGCAGCGACGGUGGCAGCGACGCAGGCGGUCUUCUCGGCGACCUGUGCGGAGCACAGGUGUCGCUCACGUACGUCGACGUGCGGCUGACGCUCGAGCUACGGGGCGUUUUCCAGCUGAUCGAGCCGCCCGGCGACGCAAGCGUCGCGCGCUACGCGCGCUACGCGACCCUCGAGGGCCUGGCGUCCGCGUGGCCGUUGAACGCGUCGGCGUUGCUGCGUUUUGGCAACCGGGCCGUCCGUCUGCUGCAAGCCGUGCGCGCAGAUUCGCAGUUUUUCCAGCCUUGGUGGCUCAACCUUUCGUUGCUGUUCUCGGCCAAUCUGGCCGGAAUCGCGCUUACGCAAGCCGGAGUCAGGAGCACCGAGUCGCGCGAACUGAUCGCCGUCUGUAGCGACAUGUGGGACUUCAUCGCCGCGUCGCAUCCGCAAAACCCGCCCAACAUGGUCGGCGAGUGUCUGUGGUGCCUGAAAAUGCUCGCGCACAUGAGCUACCUGCGCAUGAAGACGUGCUCGCAGGCGCUGAAGUCGCAGGUCGGGUUCGACCACAACGACAACUCGCUCAACCGCAACAAGUUUCGACAGUUCGGGAAAGUCGACGACGACCAAUCGCCGGACUCUCGCCUCGCAACGCUCGACCAGGACCGGCAGGACGUGCACAAUCCGUUUUACGACGCCGAAAACAAUUUGCUUGCGCAUCUGCAAUGGUUCGACCAAUGGUACGACAUCAACGCCCUGGACGGCUAG